CUAGUUUUGGAGAUUCAUUGACCGAUUCAGUUACAGAUACGAGCUCUGAUUUCACUUCUAGUAUUGUGUAACUCUAUGAUCAGAGUGUGAAAUGAAUAAGUAUUGUGAUCCAUGUUAGACUGAGGAUAUUUUAAAUCGUUAUCGGAAUUUCCUAGUUUACAGAAAAAAAAGCGCAAAUGUAAGUUCGGUAUCUCACGAGUGCUUAGAUCGAGAUACAUUUAUCAGCGAUAUUUAUGUAAUACUUUGUAUUGUCGCAUUGUGUACACACGUGAACAUGGAUUGGUAAAAUGGUAUGACUGUGUUUACGUUGUAUACCAAAACAUCGAUGACCUUGAAGGUGGGACAGUCACGUGAUCGUGUUAUGAGAAAACGAUUGGUCGAGAAAGGGAAACGAAAUAUAGUGUCUAUUGCGUUGUGUAUGCCCGCAUAAUAGGUCCCGUAUGCUGCAUCCGAUAGGCUAGAGGCAAAGCGCGGCAAAGAGCGAUCGAGUGAGCGGCUGAGUGAGCGAAAGCAAGAGAAGAAAAAAGAAAAAGUGAGGGUGACAAAGCAGUAGAAUUAUUGGAACGAAAUAAAGAAGGAAGGAGAAAGAAGCGUGAGAGACAACAAGAGUAAAUGAGGACGAGGUAGUGGAAGAGAGAGAGAGGUGGCCAAGAGUGACGAGAAAAAAGAAUAAUUAAAGGCUAAGACGCGGUGACGGCAACAGCUACUAAGGACGGCAACAACAACGACGACGACGACAAACGGACAAACGACGAACACAACAAGGACAACUACGACGACGACGCAACGACGCGACGACACGAAGAAGAAGAAGAAGACGAAGUGUGCCGCCGCCGUUCGCUCGUACGUCCGUGUGUGUGCGCGCGCGUUGGUCGCUAGUGUUGUGUCCAAGAUGAAGUCCGACUCUAAACCUUUGUUGACAGCUCAAGCGGAAAAGGCGAAUCAUUACACAUACUUGAAGGAAUUUCGCGUCGAACAAUGUCCCCUCUUUAUACAGCGCAAAUGUACACAGCACCGUCCCUUCACGUGCUUCAACUGGCACUUUAUGAACCAACGGAGGCGCAGGCCGGUGAGAAAGAGGGACCGCACCUUCAACUAUAGUGCUGAUAAUUAUUGUACCAAGUACGACGAGACCACCGGUAUAUGCCCGGACGGAGAUGAGUGCCCAUUUUUACAUCGUACUGCUGGCGAUACUGAGAGACGUUAUCAUCUUCGGUAUUACAAAACAUGCAUGUGUGUUCAUGAUACAGACACACGUGGUUUUUGUGUUAAAAAUGGACCUCAUUGUGCCUUUGCGCAUGGCAAUCAUGAUUUACGACCACCUGUGUAUGAUAUCAAAGAAAUACAAGCAUUGGAAAAUCCAGAUACAGAUCCCAAUUCUUCGUCCAAUGGACCAAACAUUCUUGAUAAGGAACGGAACUUGAUGAAUGAAGAUCCAAAAUGGCAGGACACAAAUUAUGUACUUAGUAAUUAUAAAACAGAACCUUGUAAACGACCUCCAAGACUUUGUCGUCAGGGUUAUGCUUGUCCACAAUAUCAUAACAGUAAAGAUAAAAGGCGUAGUCCACGAAAAUACAAAUAUAGAUCAACACCAUGUCCAAAUGUAAAGCAUGGAGAAGAAUGGGGAGAACCUGGAAAUUGUGAACAAGGAGAUGCUUGCACAUAUUGUCAUACCCGUACAGAGCAACAAUUUCAUCCUGAAAUUUACAAAUCAACUAAAUGCAAUGAUGUACAACAGGCUGGUUAUUGUCCACGUGGAGUCUUCUGUGCAUUUGCGCAUGUUGACCGUGAGUGUACCCUCAUCAAUCUAUUGCCAACAGAAGAAAUGAGUCUGGCGAGGGACAUGGCGGUACCCAUAGAUUGCGGCACAAAUUUAGCAGAUAUACUCAAUAAUGCUUUACCACCUGAUAAGCGCAGUCAUGACAAGGAUAAACCUCUUAGUGAUAGCAGUAAUGGAAGUGGUGAAGUAUCUGAAUCUGCGAGUACUAGUAGUCUUGGUAGCAAUAGCUCACAUAGUAAAGCUCCUGGUGCUCAACUUCAUAAUUCCAGUUCUAACAAUGCUGUGAAUGUUUCUGCCCAACAGAAACUUACUAGUAUACUUUACAAUCCUGGUUCUCUUUUACAAGCUGGUGAAAUAAGGAAACAAAUGGUGGCUAUAGACAGUGAUCCAUUAUUAACAAAAGCUGAAAAGGCUCAACAAAAACAAAGUCUGUUUAUCACUUAUAAUUUAAAUGGAACCUUAGGAAGUCAUUCAUUGGCAACAACCGUAUCACCAUUAUCUAAUUCAUUUUAUCCAAACGACACUGUUGAAUCUGUAGUAGGAAACGCAUUAGAUGAAUUACAUUUAGACGAUCCACUAAAUUUAGUAGAAUCGAUUCAUAGGGAUACUAAUUCUCCAAUUAGUAAUUCCAUAUCAGCGGGUUUAGCAAGUUCAGGAUUACUGGGUAGUUCAGCCCCAGUAAAUAUUCCUGGAAUGACAGAACGAUCUGUUCUGACAAAUUUCUCUCCAUCUACUUCAAGUCCUCUUCAACAAUUACAAUCAGCCGGUUUCCUUACUGGGCACAGAUUUUCACAUCAAGAUUCCAUAGAUACGACAAUGCCAUUUAUGAAUCAAGUUUCAGACCCAUUUAGCAAUCAUAUGUCUCAACUUAGUAGUUCAGCUUCUAAGCUUAGUGGAUUUAAUAGUAGCCUAUUUGACUUUGCAAACCAAGGAAUGUCACCAUCUCGUACACAACCUCUCCCAGCAUCUCCACUGGUUAGUGCAUUCUCCAUUAGUCCAAGUAACACAGGAUCUUUAUCUGAGGUACAGAGACUCAGAGAAGAAUUGACUUCAAGUCGUGCCCAAUUGGCAACAUGGGAUGAACGAAUUAAUCAAGCCAGAGCAGCUUGUGCAGCAUGGCAGUUAGAAAGUGAAGAAGCUAAAAGAAAAGCAAAUAUUGCUGAACAACAAAGAGAUGAGGCUUUAUUGCAAGUAAAAGCAUUACGUGUUGAAAAUGAAGCAGCCAGUGGUGGUCCAUAUCUGCAUACAUUGAGAAGAACUAGCGAACUCAGAUCACUUUCAAUAGCAACAUUAAAAUCAAUUCAAUCGCAACUUCGUUCGGAUCUUGAAGAAAUAGAUAAGGUGCUGUACAGAGAAACGGCAGCGAAGUGCAUGGUUUGUGAAGAACAAAAUCGCACUGUAACUCUUGCUUGUAAUCACUACGUGGUAUGCUCAACGUGCGCUCCAAAUCAGCGUGAGUGCCCGUAUUGCCAGACACCGGUUGUCUCUACAAGUUAGGUCCGAAAUUUUCAUUGGAAUCCCAUUGUUAAUAUUUGCACUUUUUGCUUGUAAAACGUAUUUCUUAAGAAUAUCAUAAAUAGUAUAUCAAAAUUUAAUACUUCAAUUGGAUACAAUGAAAAAGCAAAUACAUGCUUUACACUGUUAUAAUACUUACUUAUGAAAACUAUAAUAUCACAGUAAUAAUUGAUGCAACGUACAUAGUUUUUUUAUCUUACCAAAGUAAAAGUUGAUAUUGCAUGCACAAAAUAUUCCAUGUACAAUAUAUGCAUGGGAAUUGUAGUUACAUGAUAUAUUUUUUAAACUAUGACAUUGACAGUACACUUCUCGUUUAUUAUUACAUUUUCUUUAAAAGGUAUAGAAAUUUUUUCAUUCAAAAGACAGUCUAAUAUAUAUUAUACUAGCAGUAUGCUAGAUGUAGUUGAGAUUUGUAACACAAGUAUAUGUAAUAGUUACAGAACAUUUAAUAUUGAAACAUUGUAAUCACGAUAAUGGACAAAGAUUUGGGACCCUAAAAAUAUAUAUUUGUUUAAAAAAAAUAAUAUAAAACUAAGCGCAACAAAUAUAUCCCAUUUAGGAUAUCAAUGGAAGGAUUCUUUUCUUAAUGCUGAGCUGUUAUACGUAUGUCGUACAAAAUAAUACUUCUAUUGUAUUUUAAAGUAUGUAUCUAGGAUUUUUCAAUUGACCUGUACUGAUUAUAAUAUUACAAGUAUUAACAAAUUUUAUAUUUUUGGUUGAGGAAGUAUCGAUGAUAAAUGUUAUAUUAGAGUCACAUAAUAUGUAGAUUUUUACAUAUAGAAAAUAAUACAAUUUCUUACAACAAUAAAAAAGUAAAAAUAGGGCUUUAAAUAUUUAUCUAAAAAAGUACAAGUUAUAAAUGUUUUGCUA